CAAGGAAGUUUAAAAGUUUCAGGUAGGAGAUCACACACUUUACCAUCGUACUGUGUUCUGAGCUGACAUUAAAAAACCCGGGGUACAUUGAACAUUCAAGACAUGUGUUAGAUCGUUUUAUAUGCGCCAUCAUACGUACAUAGUAAUUGAUGCUGUAUUGAAACGGUAGUAAAAACGCUACAUUGGAUUGCAAGAUGGCAAAUUCCGGGGAAUCUUACAGGAUUUGUACUGUUGACGAUAUUCUAAAAAUUCCAGACAUGCGAACUGCUAUGGAAAUACUCAGGCGCUGGGGUCUCGGUACCAAAGGCCUAAAGAGUAAGGAUAUGGCCGUAGAAAUAAUCAUGGACCACUGGAAGAAGAAUAAGUCAACACUGCAGGCGGAAGCACCGAAAAAGGAUCGCAAUGGACUCUACGACGCCAUUGCUGAUGACGUUCAAUACAGGAAACGACUCAGAGCUUUCUAUGAUCAAUUACUGGAGUAUAUCAGUUCUCUUCCCAACAACUAUCGAAGGGACCUGGAAGGUGUCUUUCCUAAUCUCCAAAAGACCAUCGAUGAUAAGAAACGAGACGUAAUUUCACCAGAUUGCACUGUCCUUAUCGCUGGUGAAACAGGUGCGGGAAAAAGCAGUUUCAUCAAUCUUAUUCUGCAGGUCGAUUUACUGCCAACGAAACAGCUGAGGUGUACAACGACUAUUGUAGAACUGAGGAAAAGUUUGGACGGGAAAAAGACGGCAAGACUAUAUUACAAACUUCAGGAAGGCGAGCGGAAACCGAGACCACCCAACGAGCUGCUGCUUGACAGCGAAAAUACUAUACGCGAGAUCCAAGCGAAAAUGUGUUUCGAGGAGGAUGGGGAAACCCCAUACGAAAGAAUCGAGAUCACGUGGCCCUUUCCUGGACUCGAAGAUGGCAUCGUCCUUGUAGACACUCCUGGAAUAGGAGAAAAAAGACAGAUGACCAAAUUAGUGGAACGAUACCUUACCAAAUCAUUCGGGUUCAUCUACAUACUAAACACCGCUAACGCCGGAGGAGUUCAGAAAGGAAGGUUACGUGACUUCCUGAGAAUGGUGGUGAAUGCUGCUGAUGAUGACUUUAACCCCGCGUCCACAAUGUUUAUUGGUAAUAAGUGGGACCAGGUUCCCGAUAGAGACAAAGCCGAGGUCGAGAACGGCAUCUUCACCAAACUGGAAACCUGCUACCCCGGACUUCGGAGGGACCAGAUAUACUAUAUCUCUGUCACUGAUUCACAGAAAGCAGCUAUUUACGGUGGAAUGUCAGCUCCGCACGUGGAAAUGCUACAGGGAAUGGAACGGUUUCUCCCAGCCAGCUUGAGGAACAAGCUGAACAUUCACUACAGAUUUAUGUCCCAAGUUCUUAAGCGUUCCUUGUACUCCGUGAAAGUCGCAAAGGUCAUGGCAGUUCAAGGAAUGGAAAAACAGAAGGAGCGUAUUGAAUUGAUCAAACGCCAGAUGGAAAAGCUAGAACGAGAAGCAAGGUACAGUGUUGGUGAACUUCGAAAAGAACUUGAUGAUGAGGUCGACAGGCUCUACACAGAAACAGCCAACUAUCUUAGAUCCAAACAAUUUGUUGACAGAAUGUUCCAGUGGGCGGAACGUGAUUGCGCUCGGGUUAAUAAGGAGUGGAAUAGAACUGCUUCAGAAGCUAGCGAACGUAUUGCAAGUCGUCUCGCGUCAGAAAUCAACAUUUGGGAAAAAAACAAAAAGAUCACUGCUACCAUCAAAGAAAAAAUCAUCAAGAAAUUCAAGAAAGACUUCGAACUGAUGGAGAAUCAAAUUCAACAAAUUGAAGGCGUAUUGCUGGAUGGUGACACUCGAGCUGUAACUGAUCUCCACAAAUCCAUGAAGAGGCAGGCCCCUGUCAGACAGAUUUGGAAGAAGGCAAAAGCCGGCGACGACGAUGAGAGUAAUGUAAAAGGGCUAGGCGGGGUCGUCAGCAGUGUAGGGUCCAUUGGUCCGGAAAAGACAGUUAAAUCUAUCUUCAGAAGUUACAAGGCAGACUCGGCAAGACAAAAGAUGACCGAUGCCACGGACAAGUUCAUCCAAAGCAUCUUCGAGAAAGAUGACCUGAAGAAAAAGCUCAAACGAUUCAUCGGAAAAUUUGUGAAGGGUAUCGAUAACAUCGCCAAAAUGAUUCCUGAAUUUGUGAGGGCUGAUACAGAACUCAUCAACAGAAUUUCAAGUGAAAUGGACAACAUGGAAGACAAUUUGCGAAACGUUUUCCCACAACUUCUCAGGCAUAGUUCUACAUUGCAAGGACAGAUUGAUAUGUUCUUCGUCCACGCCAUAAUGGAAAGAGACUUCCGGUUGCGAGAUGUAGAGUAUAGCAAGGCUGAUAUCCUCGGAAGUGGAUCAUUCGCAGACGUGUACAAAGCGAAGCUUAAGGUUACCAGAACGCCGAUGACCGUAGCCUUGAAGGUAUCAAAGGAUCCUCUGAAAGAAAACAAUGUGACGGACAUUCUGUUAGAAGACAGGACAUCCAGAGACCUGAAACAUCCCAACGUUGUACGUUACUACGGGGCAGUCCUGAGGAUGGAUGGCUCCGGAAAGCAUAGUAAGGUCUACUGGAUGAUGGUACUUGAGUAUUGUACGGAAACUCUGAAGUCCCUGUUCAUUGACGGGGAGUACGCGAACCCAGGGAAGUGCCCUGUCUACUCAGAACAGGUGGAAGCCAUUGAAAAAAUGUCUUCGUACUUCGUUCAGAUCUGCGAUGGCGUUUCCUACUUUCACCAAAAGGGAUUCGUUCAUCGAGACCUGAAAUUAGAAAACAUUUUGAUUGAUAGCAAAAAUAUUGUCAAGCUUACCGACGUCGGGUUGACUAAAGAAGCCAAGUCAAUCUCCGGAAGUAUUGUCGGAAGUCCCGUGUACAUGGCACCAGAAGUUCUCAAUGCUAAAGGAAUCUACGACCGGAAGGCUGACAUUUACAGUCUGGCUAUCAUUAUUUGGGAGAUGUGGUACGGAGUAGACGCAGCAGAGCAUAUCCAAGAGCAGCUCUUUGGGACACUUGAAAAGGCAGUAGGGCAGGGCCUGCGACCAUCAUUUUCCCUCUUGCACAAACCCCCGGAAAACUGGGAACGUAUCAUCAAACGUUCGUGGGAAUUUACCCCCGAACUACGACCGGAAGCCAGUGAAUUGAAAGAGUUUUUUGCAAAGUUCCUUACCCACUAAGCCACACCGAUGUGAACGUCUGAUUCUUUAGUAAAGCGUAUCUUAUCCUAUCAGACAAUCUAUAAUAAGUGAGACAGAAUGUCACCUGACAACGGAUAUUUUCCGUUCAUUUUUUAUGAGCUCAAUACACACUGAUUAAUAUUGUUUUAAGUUUAUUUCAAGUAAAUGCUUUUUUACAUGUUUUUACACAGUUUUGAUUUUAGUGAUAAUUCUAUUUAAAACCUUUAAAUGUGCAAUCACCUGUGUGUGUUUCAUUCAUUUUUCACUUUCGUGUGUUCAUUAAAUUUAGAUGAAAAAAAAUAUAGCUAAGAGACAUCUUACUUUUUAGUGAGGAAUACAGGUUAAAAUAUGUUAGGAGGCACGGUAGUCCAGAGGUAGGACGCCGGGCUCGUGACCGAAGGGUUGCGGGUUCGCGCCACGGCACGGCAAUGUGUUGUAACUUUGAGCAAGAUUCUUUCCUCCGUUUGUUCCAGUCUACUCAGCUGUAAAUGAGUACGUGGCUUGGCAGUGCUAGAAUUGUUGAAUGCCAGCUGUUAG